CUCUCACACACAGACCAUUUGCACUACGCUCACUUCGCACUCUAAUAAUAAUGAGGUCUACGACCCCAAUCCAUCCUGCUGUCCCAUGUAUCAAGUGGAGAGAGAGAUAGAAACAUUGAUAUGGAACCCUCGGAGGGGAAUAUGCCUCUUGGCUGUGUCAACAGACGGCUGGUUAGACAGGAAGCCAAUGUGUUCUUUUGCAUCUUGCUACGGGAGGGGAGGGGUGUAACAUGACACCAGCCAUUUUCCGCUCACUGGCAGUGAAAGAGACUGCAAGCUCUCGCUGCAGAUGUGGUUGACGUCGCUGUGUCUUUCUUGGCCGCAGGGAAAUCACAUCCUUAUCUUUUAACAAAAUGGCGGAAGAACUACGGAUUGUGCUACUCGGCAAAACCGGUGAUGGGAGAAGCAGUGCUGGAAACACCAUCCUGGGUGGAGACUUCUUUGAGGUGAUGAGCUCACCGGAGUCCACCACACACAAAUGCAGCGUCCAGCACAACAAAGUCAACGGGAGGCUGAUUUCAGUCAUCGACACUCCUGGAUUUUUCGACACCCGUUUAACUGAGGAGCAGCUGAAGCCUGAGAUUGUGAGGUGCAUCACAGAGUGUUCUCCUGGACCGCAUGCUUUUGUGAUUGUGCUCCGGGCAGGCCGCUAUACCGAGCAGGAGAUGGCGGUUGUGAAGAAGAUCACCGAAUCGUUCGGCGAGGAGGCCUUCCGCUACGCCGUCAUCCUUUUCACUUUCGGGGACGACGAGAUUGACGAUGACUGCGACACCGUUGAGGAGUUUGUGGAGACUAGCGAGGAGCUGCAGGAGCUCGUGGACAAGUGUGGAGGCCGCUGCCACGUCAUCGACAACAGAUACUGGACCACGGCACAAAAGGGGUACAGGAGCAACAAGAGGCAAGUUGAUAAACUGCUAAAAACUGUUGACAAGAUGGCCGCCCUCAAUGGAGGAAGCUGUUACACCAACGACCUACUGGAGGCCGUGGAACAGGGAAUACAAGCCGAGACAGCACGACUCCAGGAGGCCGAGGUGGAGAAGGACGAGGAAGAAAUAAAACGACUAGCCAAGGAGAACAUUCAUCGAGUGCUCAUGAUGAUACUAGGGGGUGUAGUGGGGGCCCUUUUGGGUGCCUUGUUCGGACUUGUAGUGACCGCACUGUCAGAUCCCGCAUCGAAAACUGUGGUUGUCUUGUUAGGGACUGUCCAAGGCACUAUAGCGGGGGUCAAGGCAGCAAAGCAUGAGAAGAGCAUCAAAGGUGCUCUGACCAAGGCCUUUCAGGCUAAUCUGUGUUGCUUCACGGAUCGAUUUUCGAAGGAUACAGACUAAUGCAAGCUGACUAAGGACAUUGUAGGAGGAGAAAAUGUAAAUCUUGAAUCAAUGCGCUCAUUUGUUUCUAUUUAACAAUCUAAAUUUUUUUAUGAAAGCUAAACUUAUGAACCCAUGCCAGUCAUAUUUUAGGAUUCUAGUCACUGUGACGAAGACAGUUAGAGUGAAGAAGUAUUGUUUAAUCAAGAGAUUUCAUAUUCACGUAAAAUUUUAUUUUUAGUUUUCUAUGUGCCUUAAUCCUCAAAAGCUAUUAAAUCAUGUGUUCUAUUUCAUACCGUGACCUCUGUUGUGUGCUCUUCUGUUGACGUCCAUGUGCCACCUGGCACUUAAUACCAAAAAGCUUAUAUUCAAACUUUUACAAUAUUGUCCCAGGAAAACGUCCAUUUCAAAACACUGAGAAAACCUAUUGUUAGCAUAUUGUUCAUCAUUAUCUCAGUGGGUGUUUUACAAUGUAAAGUAUGUUCAUUAAAUGAAAUGUAAAAAAUA